AUUUGACAGUCAGCCAGUAUGGAGAGAUUUUAGUAUCACUAUUUGAUUUUAGUUUUUCUGAUCAAAUUGGCCAUUUAUAAAUAAAGUUUUUUUUUCUGUCAGAAAUGUUCUCAAUAGUGGGUUGGCUGUAAAACAAUAUGUAGGGACUGUCUGUUUAUUUUGUUAAAUCAGGAAAGAAAACAUCAUGUUUUUACUUAGGAAAUUGAACCAUGGUAUUGAGAAAAUUAUGUUUUUUUUUUUUUGUUUUUUUUUUUCUUCUUGCAUCUGAUUUUGUAGACAAAGUCUGGUUUAGAUGAAAAGCUAGACUUAACUUCAUCCAAGUAACCUUAGCUGUUUUUUUGGCACAUAUAGGUACAACCAAAAAUGUCAAAAUAUCGUGAUAAAUUGUUGGGAUGUAUAUUUGAUAACUAACUUUUUAUAUUUUCUUCAUUCAUGUGCACGUUAUUAGUUUUGGCACAAAGCUUUUAGUGUGUGUUGAGCUGCAAUAAAGGAGCUGUAUUAUCUACUUUUCCAACUAAUCACCAUUUCAGAAAGAAAAACAAGCUUGUUUUCCAACUUUCACCCUCAGCAGCUGGGAUUCCAGUUAAGCUAUGUCAUCAUGAGUCCAGAUUCUCUAAUACUGACACAGACAGCUGAUUUUUGAUGUAACGGCUGCAGACAUAUUUUCUCACUUCCUGACAGAAUGUUCUGCUGGGGCAGUUCCUGGCUUCAGUGACUCAAAGCUCAAGCCUCUGUCUCCCAAAGGAUGAGAGAUCAUACGGUCUGCUUCAACAUCUGAGUCCAUUACUUUCAAUCCAGAUAAAACUUCUGAAGAACAAGUAAAACAGAAAAAAAAAACCUGUUACUUCCCGGAUUUUCUGAUAACUGGAAUCAGGUCAAAUGCUUCCUGUCCAGCUGGGGUCAGCCCAAUUCUCCUAAAGACAGAACAGCAAUAGUUAAGGUAACUGAGCUGUGAGUUACAUUCAGUCCCUUCCCAAAAGUAAAACAUCAGGAUAUGCGUUUGGUGUGACCUCUCUACAUACUCUUCAUUCAUCAUGUUUGAAUCAUUCCCAGCUGUUAAACUGUAGGCCCUCUCAAGGUAUCGGAGGGGGGAAAAAAAUGAUAUGUUUUCAUGUUAGAAUCUUUGUUGUGUACAAGUGAUAAUUAGAGAAACAUUUAAACUACAAUAAAUGCUCAGAAAAUACUGGUUUUAGCAUAUUUAGGCUCUCAUUUUGCCUGGUUAAUUAAUCUUCUGCUUAGUUAGAGAGGUAUUCUCACUUUACUUUAAAACAGCUGAACAGCAUGUGCAUCUCUUGUUUGUUUUCUAAAGCUAAAUCAUCACGUUCAGUGACCUUUCAGCAACAAUGUCUGCCAGCGUGUUUACAUGCAGAGCCCAAAGCCUUUUUAAUCAACCUAACAGCACAUCCUCACCCUGUCUUGUUUAAUGUCGAUCUUAUUCAUAGAGUCUGCAGAGCAGAAGGAGGAAUCAAAAGUGUGCCAGUUUUUCCAGAUGGGAAAGUGCCGGUUCGGAAGCAAAUGCCGUUUAUCACACAGUGACUCAUCACCAUAUGAAUCGGCGGCACCAUCCGCUGACAUGGAUGACCAACAGAAUGUAGAGAAUUUGGAGAAACACAACAAGAAGAAGGGCACUGUGAACAAAGGGGCAAAGCCUAGAGACAACAAGGAUAAAGCAGAUGUGAACAAAAAGCCCCGUAUGCGCACAGCUGACGAUGUUAUCUCUCGCAUCCUGUGGGACCCAUCAGUAGAAGCUUCAGAUUUUGUGGUGGGCUACAUAGAUCGCUUCCUUGGCAUUCUGGAGCGGCCUUUCUGUGAAUUCAACUGGGACACCAACCCCUGUGAUUGUGACUACUCCACUGAGUUGGCUCUGCCCAGACACAGGAUCCAAUACUUUGCCUACAAAGGGCACCACGUUUGGGACCGACACAGCAGAACUGACAGGGUCUUUGGUUCCACCGGUCAAUCUUUGGCUCCCCCCUUUGGAAAGGAGGAGGAAGUAAAAGAGGAGAACCAUGCAGAGGAUCAAGAAGAACAAGAUGUUGGUUCUGAAAAGACAGAGGAGCAGACAGGUGCAGCAGGUGGUCAGGAUGAGGGAGAAACUCCUACCAGAACCAGGCAUGAAGAGGAGCUGGAAGAGAUUCCCGCUUCUCAGAAACAAAAGGAAACUUGUGGAUCAUGUGUUGCAGAGGAGGCUGAAAAUAGAAUCCAGCCAUCAUCCGAGCAAGAGUCAUCAUUUCAGGAAAAGGUCAUGAAGCUGAAAGAGGAAGAAGAAGAGCAGCUUGAUGAAGCCUGCGAAGAAAGUUUAGAGGCCGGCAAAGAGACGCAGAAUCCAUCUCUGAAGCAGGCAGAGCAGAAGAGUGGCAGUCGUCCUCCAAAGAAAAAACCCACUCACUUCAUCACCUUCCGGGCCAACACCCCUGCUAUCCUCUCCAGUUUCCAGCAGCUGCAGGAGGAGCUUACUGCCCUCCUUCCCUCCUCUGCUCCUUACUGGCACGCCGCCUCGAUGCUCCAUGUCACCCUGUGCCUCCUGGUACUUGACGGCCCAGCCGAGGUGGCAGCUGCAGCCGAGAUCCUCCGCAGGUUCGCCCAGCUGGAUCGCAACCCGCCCGUGGCGGUUACCUUUCCAAGGAAGCUGAAGCAUUUCAAUGGCAAGGUGCUUUACCUGAGCCCCAGCCCUCGGCUGUCCCUCCACCAGCUGAACUCAGGCCUGCAGGAGGCCUACAGGAAGGAGGGCUGGCUGCACAGGCAGUCCUACAAUCCACAGUACCACCUCACUCUGGCCAAGGUAGACAAAAGUGAGGAGGAGAGGAUUUUUGAAGGAGUUGGGGACUUGAAGGUGGGGAAGGGUUUGAAUUUUGGUCGACUACCAGUUAACACCUUACAUCUCUGUAACAUGGGAGGCUCCGGACUGAACGGUUUUUAUGAUAUUGUUUGCACAGUUACUCUUCGGUAAGGAAAGUGCACUUCAUUACAUGAAUGAAUCUCACUCUAUCCAGCAGUGCAUAAAUAGUGUGUAGUGUCAAAGUGGUUUGGUGCAAUAGGGUGUUUACUUCCUUUAUCUUUGAAUAAUCACUUUAGACUUAUUCAUUCAAAAGCUGAAGCUUACUCAGUCUUUUUAUCAAUUUUAAUUAUAUAAAUUGUACUUUAUUGUGUAUGUUCCACUAAAUUACCACAAGCUCAUAAUUUAAAUGCUCAGGGCUCUUUUCAUAUUUUUAUAUCACUGUGGCUUGAAUUCAAGAAAUGUUAUAAGACUGCCAAAGAAAUAACAAGUUUAGAUUUAUUUUCAAUUAGUGCAAUUUUAAAUUAGAGCUGAAGGGGAGACAUUUUGCAAGGAUUUUUUCUGUUUAGUUUUAAAGGUGUAACGAAUAAAUGAAGGGGAGAGAAAAGGUGUGAAACAUGAAAGUUUCCCACAAUAUGGUGAAUAUCCACGCCCAGUCAAAGACUGUGAAUAUAAAAGGAACACAAAAACAACAAACUUUAGACUUUAUUGGAAGUUUCAUUAAGGAAGUCACUAAAAUGUGUUACUGUAGCAAAAGCAGGUCUGAUUUUUCUGAACGUAAUGAUGUCUUAAUUUAAAUUAUAAUGUAUAAAGAAAGACGUUUACAGAAAGAUGCUAAGUUAUAGAAACAAAUAUGCUUUUUAUUAGAGCUUAGAUCACUUGUUAGACGUUUCAAAAAGUCUAUGCAUUGUUCUCAAGAUAAAAACAAUCCCACUAAAGUUUGGAAAUUCCCAUCAGAGUCUGCACAUAUCAAGCUGUUUGGUUUCUGGCACAGGAAUCUGUUUGAAAUAAUGGGGACAUGAUGGUGUUACUCAAUUGUUUGAGAAUUAAGCUUUUAACUUUGAGGAUGUAAUCUAAAAAUUACAGAAAUAAAUCACUAGAAGGUUAUAUGCAAAGUAUGGUUUCUGUCUAAAUUUAAAGGAUGUGUUCUAUGUGGAUGAUGGUUCUAGCGCUUGGCUAAUAAAAGAAUGUUUCUCAUUGGAAGGCUUUUUAAAUUUAAUAAUCAAACAUGUAUUAUGUUCUUUUUUUUGAAUAAUUUGAUCAUUAAUAUUGUGUAAUACUGUGUCUAACAAGAGCAAUGACUUUUUAUUCUUCUACCAAUUAUUACAACUGCUAGUUUGCUUUUCCAAUUAAACACUAAAUGAAUGAUUUUUAAGA